GUGACUGAGGGAGGCACGCGAGCAGAAGGGUCACAUCCGUCUACAACGCUGCCCUUUUCCCUCUUGAACCCGGUAGCAAACCACCGGAUUUGUCUGGGGGGGCGGUCUCAGGUAGGAGGCCUGAGAUAGGACCUGUUCCUUGGAGAGGCAGAUGGUUCUCAGUUGUUCCUCCGGAUGCUGGGGGCGUCAUGUCAAGGAGACGCGUGGGGGCCUCCAGCCUGCUCCGCGCCAUGGAUCCGCUGGGAUGAGGAGCUACGCCCCCGGGCCCGGAAGCGCGGCGAGAUGUUCAGAGCGGGGGACCCCGGGGAGCGGCCGCUGCUCGGGCCGCCGGCCCCUCGCGUGCGGAGCGUGGAGGUGGCCCGAGGGCGGGCGGGCUACGGCUUCACGCUCUCGGGCCAGGCGCCUUGUGUGCUCAGCUGCGUCAUGAGAGGGAGCCCCGCGGACUUCGUGGGCCUCCGUGCCGGGGAUCAGAUACUGGCCGUCAACGAAAUCAACGUGAAGAAGGCGUCGCACGAGGACGUGGUGAAGCUGAUCGGCAAGUGCUCCGGGGUCCUGCACAUGGUGGUCGGCGAGGGCCUCGGCCACGGGGACUCGUGCUCCAGCGACGAGGAGGUGGGCUUCUACGAAGGAAAGGGCCGGCUGAAGCCCAAGCUCGAUUCCAAGGCCCUGGGGAUAAACAGGGCGGAGCGAGUGGUCGAGGAGAUGCAGUCCGGGGGCAUUUUCAACAUGAUCUUUGAGACCCCGGGGCUGCGCGCGAGCAGCUCGGAGCCCGCGCCCUUGAAACAAAGGUCCCUUUCAGAGUCGGCCGCUGGGCGGCUGGACCUUGGCCACGAAAGCGGGAAGGACCCGGGUCUCAAGCCGCUUUCCAGGGAGGAGCUGGCGAAAGGGGGGAACGAUGACCCUGUGUUCCGGGUUGGGCUGGAGCAGCACGAAGACCUUGGGCUGGACGCCAGCAUUUUGAACGUCGCCAUGGUCGUGGGCUACCUGGGCUCCAUCGAGCUGCCGUCCACCGGCGGCAGCCUGGAGUCGGACAGCGUGCAGGCCAUCCGGGGCUGCCUGCGGCGCCUGCGGGCCGAGCAGAAGAUCCACUCCCUGGUGACCAUGAAGGUCAUGCACGACUGCGUGCAGCUCUGCACGGACAAGGCCGCCGUCCUGGCGCGCUACCCGGCCGAGCGGCUGGCCUUCAGUGCCGUGUGCCCGGACGACAGGAGGUUUUUUGGGCUCGUGACCAUGCAGGCGAGUGACCCGGGGAGCCUGGCGCAGGAGGAGGAGGGCGUCCUGCGGACGUCCUGCCACGUGUUCAUGGUGGACCCGGACCUGUUCAGCCACAAGAUCCACCAGGGCAUCGCCCGGCGCUUUGGGUUUGAGUGCACGGCCGACCCGGACACCAACGGCUGCCUGGAGUUCCCCGCGUCCUCGCUCCCCGUCCUCCAGUUCAUCUCCGUGCUCUACAGGGACAUGGGUGAGCUGAUCGAGGGCGUGCGGGCCCGGGCCUUUGUGGACGGGGACGCGGACGCCCACCAGAACACCAGCACCAGCAGCAACAGCGACAGCGGCAUCGGGAACUUCGCCCCCGAGGACAGGAGCAGCCGCGUGCUCGUGGUGGACCUGGGCGCCGGCUCGAGCAGGCACGGCCCGGGCAGCGGCGCCUGGGAGGGGGCGGGCGGGCGGGGCUGCCCACCCUGGGCUGCGCCCUGGAACGGGGCUUUCUGCCAUGACCCGGAGGCGGCCCCGGGUGAGGCCGCUCCGCAGGCUGACAGGGGCUGGGACCUCGGGAAGCACCUGGGGCCCGCGUCGCACGUGGAGGGCCCCCCGGCCUCCUUGCGCUGUUCGGUGCCCCCCUCCAAGAGGGGCGCUGCAGGCUCUGGCGGGGGUUUCGGCCAGCGGUGGCUCCCGGUCCACGUCCUGCAGGAGUGGCAGUGCGGGCACGCCAGCGACCAGGAGUCCUACACAGACUCCACCGACGGCUGGUCCAGCAUCAACUGCGGCACGCUGCCCCCGCCCAUGAGCAAGAUCCCCGCCGACCGCUACAGGCUGGAGGCCAGCCCGGCGCAGCCCGCGCCCAGCGCGCAGAGGAGGGACUGGGCCAGGAAGGCUCUCGGGAUGCAGAACAUCUUUGGUCCCCAUCGAAAUGUCAGAAAGACUAAGGAGGACAAAAAGGGCUCAAAGUUCGGGCGGGGCUUUGCCCUCGCCCCGCCGUCCCAGCGCGCCCCGGCUCGGAGAUCCUUUGGGAGGUCCAGGAGGCUGAGUGUCACCCGCUCCCUCGAUGACCUUGAGUCUGCAACUGUGUCUGAUGGUGAGCUGAACGGCCCCGACCUGAAGGACUGCGUGAGCAACCACAGCCUGAGCAGCAAUGCCAGCCUCCCCAGCGUGCAGAGCUGCCGGCGCUUGCGCGAGCGGAGGGUGGCCAGCUGGGCCGUGUCCUUCGAGCGCCUUCUGCAGGAUCCGCUCGGCAUUCGAUACUUCUCCGACUUUCUGCGGAAGGAGUUCAGUGAAGAAAACAUCUUAUUCUGGCAGGCCUGCGAAUGUUUUAAUCAUGUUCCCGCACACGACAAAAAAGAGCUCUCCUGCAGGGCCCGCGAGAUCUUCAGUAAGUUCCUGAGCAGCAAAGCCACCACUCCGGUCAACAUCGACAGCCAGGCCCAGCUGGCCGACGACAUCCUCAGCGCCCCCCACCCCGACAUGUUCAAGGAGCAGCAGCUCCAGAUCUUCAACCUGAUGAAGUUUGACAGCUACGCCCGCUUCCUCAAGUCCCAGCUGUACCAAGAGUGCAUCCUGGCGGAGGUGGAGGGCCGCGCGCUGCCCGACGCGCAGCACGUGCCCAGCAGCCCCACCUCCAAGCACAGCGGCGGCUCGGACCACUCCAACGUGUCCACGCCCAAAAAGCUGAGUGGAAAAUCGAAAUCGGGCCGCUCGCUGAACGAGGAGCUGGGGGACGAGGACAGCGAGAGGAAACGGAAAGGCGCGUUUUUCUCUUGGUCAAGGACCCGGAGCACCGGGCGGUCCCAGAAGAAGAAGGACCACGGCGACCGUCCAAACGACCCCCUGCACGCCAACGGAGGCCUGGGCCGCCGGGAGUCGCAGGGCUCCGUGUCCUCUGCCGGGAGCCUGGACCUGCCAGAGGCCUGCAGGACCCUGGCGCCCGAGAGGGACAAGGCCGCCAAGCACUGCAGCAUCCAGCUUCCCGACGGGACGUCCUGCGUGGUGCCCGUCAGGGCAGGGCUGUCCAUCAAGGAAGUCCUGGCCGGACUCUGCGAGCGACAUGGCAUCAGUGGGGCUGCUGUGGACCUCUUCCUGGUGGGCGGGGACAAGCCGCUGGUGCUGCAUCAGGACAGCAGCAUCUUGGAGUCUAGGGACCUGCGCCUAGAAAAACGCACUUUAUUUCGGCUGGAUUUGGUGCCGAUUAACCGGUCUGUGGGCCUCAAGGCCAAGCCCAGCAAGCCCAUCACCGAGGUGCUGCGGCCCGUGGCGGCCAAGUACGGCCUGCGGCUGAGCGAGCUGGUGGUCAGGCUGAGUGGAGAGAAGGAGCCCCUGGACCUCGGAGCCCCCAUCUCAAGUCUGGACGGACAGCGGGUCAUUCUGGAGGAGAAGGACCCCUCCCGAGGGAAAGCGUCCACAGACAAACAGAAAAGCACACCAGCCAGACAGACGGCGGCUGCAAACGCCGGUUCCAGAAAUCACUCGGCGACGGGAGAGGAAAGAACACUAGGCAAGUCUAAUUCUAUUAAAAUUCAAGGAGAAAAUGGAAGGAAUGCUAGGGAGCCCCGGCUUUCAAAGAGAGAAGAAGCUAUUGCAAAGAUUGGGAAAAAAAAAUAUCAGAAAAUUAAUUUGGACGAAGCAGAGGAGUUUUUUGAGCUCAUUUCCAAAGCUCAGAGCAACCGAGCAGACGACCAGCGCGGGCUGCUGAGGAAGGAGGACCUGGUGCUGCCCGAGUUUCUGCGUCUGCCCCCCAGCCCCCCGGAGCCCCCCUGUCCCCCCCGGCGCCGCCAAGGCCUUCGGCACCAGACCCUCGACAGCCCACGGCAAGGAGUGGGUGCCCCGGGCCCGAGAGAGUCCGGCCACCAGCCCCGGCUCGGCCGACAGCCCGCCCCUCUGCGCCUCCGGGACCCCCAGCCCCCCGGCGAGGACGCGGAGGCCGGGGGCGUCCAGACCGUGGAGGGCGAGCACCUGGCCGACCUGACGCUCACGGGGGAGGGGGACCUCAGCAGCCCCAACAGCACGUUCCUGCCGCCACCCCCCACCCCGCGGGACUCGGCUGGACCCCCGAGACCAGGUACCUCCAGCGAGGCGUCUCCCAGCACGUUGCUCAUGGCCGUUGGUGCCCGCCUGCCCUCACCCCCGGCCCGUAGGAAUCCGGGUUUUCCCAGCGCCCUGCGGGCUCCUCCUGACCAGUGGCCAGGCGGGUUCCAGGGCCACCGCCAGCCCCCAGCCCCCCAGGGAGCGGGCGGGUGGACCCGACGCCAGACUGUUCUCGCGGUGCAGCGGGCAGGGCUCUCCCAGAGCUGCUCUGAGCUGUUCCCUAGCCUGGCGGCCUCGGCGGGAGACGGGGUAUGCGAUGCGGCCGGGCCCUUGGGCUCCCCAGCCAGGGCCCUGCAGCCGGAGGGGGCGGUGCUGCCAGCAGUGUGCCCCCACAUGGGGGAGGCCACCCUUAGAGCCGUGCUGUUCCCCCUGCCGGCUCUCAGUCCCCACAAAGAGGCCCAGCAACACCCUGCGUGGCCGAGGCAUGAGGCCAACUGCGUGGCCGUGCUGGGGGCGCUGGAAGUGGGGCGGAGCUGUGCCCUCAGAGGAGCGGGGCAGCGAGGUCCGUGUGUGGAGCCCGGGGGCCCUGCUCUGAGGCCGGGGCGCUGGGUGCCCCCCUCGCCCGGCGGGGGCCGCGGGGCUCACCCCACUUACCGCGUCCCCGGCGGCCCGGCGGAGGGACAGCCGGAGGGGCCCAGCCCUGAGCCAGGGCGGGGUGGCCGGGCCGUGGGGGCAGGGCUCCCUGCCUGCCGGGCAUGCGCUGCUGGCUUGCUUAACCAGAGGCUCAAGGUGGGCACCCUGCAGACAGCCCUGCUGCCAGCCCACCCUGCUGGCGCGCCUGCAUCAGGCCAGGGUCCCAAGGUCAGAGGAGGGGGGGCCCGAGGCCCCCCGGUCAACACGACCGUGGAUGUGGACCAGGCCGCGGGCUCCGCGCAUCGGCCGGGCAGCAGCGCCCUAGGGGUGCGAGCAGGCCCCCGGAGGCCACGGGCCAGCGGGGCCCCAACGUCAGACCACCCUGGCCUGAGCUCCCCGCCAGGCGGGCCCACCAGGCCCCAGGCCAGCCCACACCACGCGACCUUCGUCUGA